UCAUUGGAAACUCUUGAGGCUGAUGCUUGGCUCCAUAAUUAUUUGGAAACUUUUAGUGAGCCCAUGCCCCACGCAGAUAUUUUUCAUUUGCAUGUAAAAUCAAAGAAGGAAGUGUUUGAUGAAAAGCCAGAGAGGUUGUCCAUAUCUGAUUCAACAUUAUAUAAGUUAUGGGAUAGCAGAGUUAAGAUCCCAACAAAGGUUUGUCUUACUGUUAAUUUGAUGGUUUAAUAUAAUGAUGUGAUGGAAGUUUCUCCAUGAUAUAAGGCAUUUCUAAUUCAUUUUCAGAAUAUUUAAAUUCUAACUGACUUAAUAGUAUUGUCACAAUUUACUCUGACCCAAAAUGGUAUUAUAGCAUUUGGCAUUUAAGGUCGUGGGUGUCUCUUUGAAAACUCAAACAUGCAAAAAUUUUUGUAUCUCUCUGCCAUCAAGCUGUUUUAAGAGGUUGACUUCUUAUCUCAUAAAGUACCGUUCUCCCUUUUCUUAUGGCUAGAUACACUGAUUUUAUAAGUCACAUUUAUUUAGUAAAUUGAUAUAAACAAUUGCGCUAAAAAAAUGGAUCAGUAAUAUAUGAAAUAAAUCAUAAUAUGAACUUCUUCAUUUUCAAUUGUGCUAAUGUUAUUAUUGUUUCUUCUUACGUGUUAGAAUCACAUUUUUGCAAAAUGUCCACAGUGCCAGGGCCUACGGAAGAAGUGUUUUGAUUGUGGUAAAAAUGCUGCAGCAAUAAGUGCCCUCAAAGAUGAGAGGAAAAAACACAAGAACUUGUACAUGUAAGACUAGCAUCAUUAUAAUAUCUGAUGAUCAGAUAGCUUCCAACAAUGAUUCAGUCGUUGAAUUUUAGAAGAUUUGGAAUAUUUAGAAUAUUUCACUCCACUGUCAUUAAUAUCACUUUGCCCACUUGAACGAACAUUACUUUGCCCAUUGAAGUUCUUUUCCUGCCCUUACGUUAAAAAUUGUUGACAAUCACCAGUUGCAUCAAUUUUUUCAAAAAAAGGGCAUUAGGUGAUCAAUCAUAUUGAUGGUUUUGCGUAUCACUAUUAUCAAAGACCGAUAUGGGACUGAAAAAAUGAGUAAUAUAAAACAUUAAAUGCUCAAACUUUGCACCAAAACAAAUUUGCGGGACUUAAUGAUGUUUUCAAUAUUAAUAUUGCACACAAAAUUAGGCUUGAUAUUGUUUCGACUAGAUAAGUCUACAAAUAACCCAAAACUAAUAUAUUAAUUUUUUGUUUUACUUUUUGUAGGGCUGAAAAGCAGAAUUACUACAAUAGGCAAGUCGUCAGUGUCCACCAACCCGACGAUCUACUCUCUGUAAUUUAUGAUGGGAUGCAUAAAGAGAAGACCAAGCUCCCACGAUAUUCCAAAAACGCAGCAAAAGAUCUCGAAUCUAUACAACGGAUUCCUUGUAGCCUUCUGGGUCUUAUUUGCCAUCGACAAGGUACGAAGUGUAUUUACAGGAUAAGUGAAAUUAGAUUUAAGGGAGAUUAUUGUUUGCAUUUCUUAUAUAUUUUUUGUUGAAAUCCUAGUCCAAUUACAAAUAUUUUCCCUACAGGCUGGCUCACUCAUUUUCUUUUUGAAGGGUAGUUUUGGAGCCUGUUGAUCAUUGUUCAGAUCCCCACAAACAUCAUAAUCAAAAACACAAUAUAACACCUAUUUUUGCAUGAGCCGAAUACUUAAAUUCAUCCAUAUAAUGGAAGUCCAUUUUUGAUUUCUCAUUACAGCUAUUAUAGAAACUUACUUUGGACAGUGUUAGAUAGAUUUUACUUAUGCAUUAACAUUGAUGUUAGUGUUCUUGACUUGUCUUUAAAGGAUCAAAUGACCAGAUUAAACAAGGGACGGGAUUUCUCAACCUGGGGUGCUACAGCGAGAAUGCGAACUACAUUUUAAGUGCUUUGGUCCACUUGCUUGCAAAUCCUUCCUCAACACCUGGGCCCUUUUCAAGAAACCUAAGCCUGCAAUUUGACAAUGCCUCAAACAACAAGUGCUCGUUGGCAGUAUCUUUCUUUGGCUACCUUAUAUCAGAGGACAUAUUUCAUAAUGUAAGUGUGUUGCGUAUUAUUUUAAGGGCAAGAAUAUGAAGAGUUCUUCAAUCCUGUACUUUAGUCAGAAAUGAUUUUCUUCCUUAUAUGUAUAGGUCUAUGGAAACACUCUGAUUGUUCAUCAUACUCAUGAGGAUAUUGACAGGUACAAGUAUAAUUGUACUGCCUUUUAGUAUAGUUUCUUCCACAAAGAUAUGAAUUUUACACGGGGUGCAAAGAAAGUCAUUUUAAUUUUACAGCUUAUAUUGCCAUUCAGGCCAGCUGAAGCUAGCAUUUACAGCCCAAAUGUCAUUUCAACAAGCCCCCAAAAUUUUUUGAUGAGCAGAAUUGAUUUCGUAGUUCUUCUGUAAGUUGAAUUCCUCAAAAUACCUCACUUGCUGUCGGGCAAGUUAAGAACAGAAUUCACCAGCCCGAUAGCAAAAUCCACUAGCCCCGGGCUAUACGACACUACUAAUUUCUUUGCAUGCUGGUUUUACAACAAAGAUACAACAAUGGACAAAACAGUCAGCCGGCCGGGAGGCCUAUUUAAGGAAACUGUUAAUAUUGUGCUCUUAAUGUUAUUACUGAUUAUACCCUGUUUUAUAAUCAACAAAACAAUCUCAGCUAGCUAGUGCAGUGCAGACCUCUUAGAGGGAAUAAAAGAUGUUAUUAACCGUAUGUUAGGACAUAAUUAAAUUUUUGUUUUCUUUUAUACCUAUGGCUUGAAUUUUAGCAGAAUUUCAUCAAUUAAUUUACAAUUUAAUAUUGCUUAAAUGAAAAGAAUUUUAACAUUAACAUUUAUAGUUAAAAACAACCAUACAAACAACAUUAAAUUAAUAUAUUGAUAUGCAAAUAAUAUUGUUUAAAUAUUAUAACUUGCUAGCAUUGUUUGUGUUCUUGCCUGAUUGUUGUUGUUUUUGUUAAAAAUAUGGUUGUAAUUUGUUCCUCUGUUACAUUAUUAUCAGAAUGUUUGAAAAUGCAAACAAGCAUUUCCGGAAAGAAGACGUGGUUACACCAUGUGGUAUGUCAUCUGGAUAUUUUAUUAAUAUUAAUUUGCACCAUUUUUAUUGGCAGUUGCUUUUUCUUAACCAGCUACUGCAGACAGUCUUGCAACAAAAAAAGUAAGAAACAGGAUGGGCUCAAUCAGAUUCAAGGAUUCUGUUUGUUCAAGGAUUUUGUCAUGCAUUUACAUGAAUGGAGCUAUAAGUUAAUGAUCUUUAAUUUGAUGAUGAUGGUUUAUACCGUAACAGCACAUGUAUUACAUUUUUAGCAUACUUAAAUUACAUUAAAUUAAUAUCAAAUAAAUUGAAUCAGAGCCCGCCCGUGGGGGGGUACUCAACAAAUGUUUAUACGGAGAGGCUGAGGCCCCCCCUGAGGUCCAUUCCUAUUUGUCACAAAAAAGGUUACCCUAAUUAAAUUCCACAUAUCUUGUUUAGAACUAACUGCAUUCCCGUUUCACUGCUGUAAAUGUAUUGUCUUUUAAAUAGGAAUCAAUCACAAAAAUGGAAAGUUUUUGGACUUUAUAAAAGCCAUAAAAUUCAUCUGUUAGCUCUCUUCCACAGACGCAAAUGACAUAUAUAUUUCCCUUAACCCUUCCAUGUCCUUCAACUAUUGAAAUCCCUACCCUUUCAUAGUCAGGGCUUCUGAUAUUUCGCGCGGUCGCGGACCCGCGAAAUUCCCCAAAAAACGCGAAAUUCCGCGAAAUCCGCCAGAAAUAUUUCCAAAUACAUGUCGCCAAAACAUAUUUAAUACUUAUCUUGCACCGGUUUUAUUCACCCCAAAAGUCCAAAUUUAUCUUGAAACUUCGUCACUGCAACAAGUAAACAACGUCCCAAAACUACCAGGCGUUUCUAGAUUAACGUUUCGAAAAACUGGGCACUAACCAUAAAAGUGCUAAUUGGGGACACUAUUUUUACAUCUCCUAAAUUAUGGAGACGGGACCACCAUUAUACUUGUUCAUCCAAGCCACGCGAAGGACUAGCUGUUUGAAGGACAUUAAGUAAGUUAAAUAACCUUCAUUUCUCAGUUAUUUUAAGACCCUGAGUAUAAUAUCAAUAUCGGUAGACAAAAAAAAAGGUUGGAGCAAACUGUAUCAAAUGACAUUGUUCUUCUAAUCUGUAUUAUAGAAUUGUCUGAUCUGAUGAAGACGGUCCCCUAUGUGACUGAUGUAGAUUUAAUUCCUUGUGUAUGGGACCUUGAGAAAUUUUUACAACCCUUUGUACGAACUGUCCAUGAUUUUGCUAAUGUGCAUCAUUUUUGGGUGCACAAAAAUGCAGAAGGUAAGUUUUUUAAGUCAGAUUGUCCACUUUGUUGUCACCUCAGUAAAAUUUUAUGAUAAUAAUAACACCUUGACCGUAUAUACCCAUUGAAAAGAUCUUGAUAUAGUGACGUUCAGCUUCGUAAGAUCAUAAUCAUGAAAAUAUGAGUGAAAAGCCAAGAAUGUGCCAGUGGUUUUUUGGUGACGCAGGAACACAUUAAAAGUGAUUGGUCCAGAACUUAAAAAAUUUUAUUUAACUUAUUACAUAAUAUAGCCCUCGAAAAGCACCUUUGGACCCCACCAAGGAAUGGGCUGGCUCUAAUAAAGUUAACUAGAAGCAAUUUGCAAUGAACGCUUAAUGGGAACAUCAACAACAGCAGCGAUGUAUAUAAUAAUAGUCAGUCAAAAUUCUUGUGGGUGACCACCUCCCAUGCAUAAGUGACUGCCAAUCCAAAACAACAAAAUUGUGCUAAACGUCAAAUAGAAAUAAUUUGUGCUAGUACUCGUGGCCAACCUCCAGUAAUUAAAUGACCUCCUCCUGUAAACGACCUGAUGCAGGUUAAUGAUUUUCCAUUGCUUUUUUAACCUCUUGUAAGCGACCACUUGAAGCUUUCUUUCAUGAUCUCUAUGUAUGUUGUCUGCAUGCUAGGAUAUACGAAGAAUGUUAGUGACAACAUGGAACUACAUAUAUGUCAAUUACAUUAUACAUUACAUGUAUUACAUCAUCUUUUAGUAUAGAUGUGCAUGGACUUCUUUUCGGAAAAACUAGGCCUCCUUUUGUUCAAUUCUUGUAAACGACCACCUUCCGUAUUUUGAGACCACUGUUGGUCUUUGCAUUUUUAGGUGGUCGCUUACCGGAGGUUUGACUUUAUUUGUAAUGAUGCUUCAUAUUCUCCUGAGCAGGUAAUGUAGUACUCCAUCAUAAAAGAUAUGCAAAGGACCAAUGGAAUCCCAGGUCUGAUGACCAUUCAAGCUUCAUUUCUGAAGAAGACAGACAUGGAGUGCUAUUAUUUAAGGUAUAAACCCAUUUUAACCAUAACUGUUAAAAAAACAAGCAUGUUAUUUUUUUUAAGAAUAAUUGAUCACCUUUAACUUGUGAAAAAUAUUUUAAUAGUUGUACUUAACUUGAAUAUAAUAUUGUAUCUCAUUCAAUUUCUUCCAGGAAACUAAUCACAAUCAGUCCUUGAGAAUCUAAAUAUUAAUAGGCAAAAAAUUUAAAGCUUACUCACGUCGAACCAAUUAAUAUUGAAUCAUUGUUUUGUUAUGUCAAGUUUAUAAUUUUUGAAUGAUGUAUCAUCAGUUUUAUUAUCAUAGGGAAUGUUAUUAACCUGAUGAAUUCUGCAGAGGCUCACAUUUAUAAUAUCUCAGUUUUAUAGCCACAUGAAAUUGGAUAUUUGAGUGAAAUAAUUUUUUGCAAAUUAUAUUAGUAAGUAUAAUGUAGAAUGUGAUUAAAGUUUAAACUUGUGUAACAUUAGUGAACAUUUCUUCUGCCAUUAAACAAAAAGGCAAAACCUCAAGGGAUCCCUUCACUGGUAGAGCCUGUAAUGCCUAUAAAUGGAGAGGAUAUGGAUGUCUUGAAGUCAAACAUUAACAAGUAUGUUGACAAUUUUUAAUGUUCAUGGAAAAACCCUGUUAUUACAUUAUAAUGAUAAUAUUUAUUAGCAGUGAUGGUAAUAAUGAUGGUGAUAGUAGCAAUGACUAUGAAAAUAUAUCUUUAGAAAAACUGAAUCAUUGGAUAAUGCAACUCUAGCUAGAGCUCCGAUUAGCUUAGCCAUCAUGACAUAUAUGAGCCAUCAUAUAUACCAUGCUCUCCAUAUAUGCAGGUGACUUAAUUUACCAGCUGCUCUAAACUAAAAACGAUUGAAUAUUGUUUGUUUUGACUAAUAAAGUCAGGAGUAAUUCUCUAUAUUUUGUGGUUUUUUUUUUAAUAAAACAAUUUAUUAUUCCACAUGUGCUUGUUGGAUAUGAGAUGUUUAUAGCUAUAACUCAUAUCCAAUGCACAUCUGUGGAAAAAUAAACAUUGUAUACAUGUAUCUUGAUUAGGAGCACUGAUGAUUAAAUUCCAUGACUUUCCAGGCCUGAAAAUUGAAAUUCAUAAAUUCCAUGACUUUCCAGGUUUUUUCAAGACCUGUACAAAUUGCCCUAUACUGAGGACAAUUAGUAAUACGUUGUUAGUUAAAGUUUAAACUUCAUUAAACAUCAUGCAUCUGUACUGUAGAGUUAUGUGAUGUUUCAGAUUUGCCUGAUUUUCUAUGGACAUCAUGCAGAUCUCCAGCUAGUUUGAAAGGAAAAUAGUGUUAGUUUCUUAGUUGUCUUCUUUCAUUCAUGAGAUCUCGUAUCCCUGUAAAAAUCUUCUGUAAUAAUGCCUGGUGGUAUGAUACUUUGUAGAAUGUUUGAACACCCACUGCUUCAAGACAGCAAAUUAGACAAACGAAAACAGUGGUGGAGUGAAUUUUUGGCAGGCAAGUACAUGCAUGCCUUUAUGAUACAGGUUAUGUUAUUAAUAUGUUGUUCAUACAAUGAUGUUUAUAAAAUCAAUUAAUAAAGGAUCUCUGAAAAAUUUUUUUGAGCAUAUCACUCACAAUUUUAUGAUCUACUCACCAUACUAUUCACACACAUGGAAUCCCAUGCAUUCUAAAUCCAAUCUGAGUACAGAAUGUUCUUUCAUAUGAAGGAUACAGUGUUCAUGAAUGGCAUUAUACUGAAUCAUGCUGAUAUUGAUCCUUUCAAGUAGGGAUUUGAGCAGUUAACUUCAUAACUGCCAUAACUUUCACAGGGAAUACAUUGUCUCAGGGAACCCAGUGGUGGGUUGUUUUAACACAAUAUUGGCAAGGCAUUUUGAUUGAUUUUGAAACUUUAUUGUCUUCUGUCAUUAUGUCAUUGUACCAGGAAGUCUGUAUGGCACAGUGACCAAAAUACUGUUUGAUAAAUCAAGAUUAUGAUAUACAAGCCAUAAUUAUGUAAAUUAACCUAUGACUUGCCUGAUAUAUUAAUAGUGUAGCUAAAUGAACAUGGACUUCACAGCAUUGGAGAAGUUCUUGAAUGUAGGUUACUGGGACUAAAUAAUGAUCGUUUUUGUUAUAUGCAUGCAUUAUUGCUUUUUACUUAUUCAAGGAGAAUCUAUUAAACCACAAAAAACCAUUUGGCCAUUGGAUGCCCUGAAAAAGAGGAGGAUGGCUCAAAACCAGCUUGAUAAUUAUCAGGAAGGGGAAGCUGUUCAAGGGCUGGAAUAUUGCGAGGAAGAAAUUCCAACAGUAAGUUUAAUGCACAAUAAUAUACAUGGUAUUUUAUUUCUUCAAUAAGGGUCCUCUAACUCACUUGAAUAAAUUCCAUGAUAGUAACGUGUACUUUUCUGUAUGCAAAUCUUCAUUGUAUACUGUUGCCGUUGUUUACAUGUUUGCUUAUUGGCAUAUGACUUAUAGAAGUGUCACUUCUUCACUUUUUGGCUUUUUGAACGCAAUAUAACAGCAGUAUAUUGGGCUCAAAUUCUCAUAGAUAACUGAAAUUGUUACGCUCCCUCAUUACUCGUAUUUACUUUUUUUUAGACAACGCAAAUAGAAAAUGAAGGGCUUGUUAAUAAAGGCAACAAUCAUAAACAAAGAUUCACCUGUAUUUCUCGGUUAAAUUAAGUUACUUUGAUUAUUGUUUUAGAGUUAUAUUUUAGUUUGCAUAUGAUUAAUUAAGAUUAUAUAGUUGCAUGUAUAUGGUACCCAGGGAAGUAUUCUGGAUUUCAAGUGACAGGGAUGAUCAAAUGGGGGCAAAAUUCAAAACCCAAACAAAUCCCUGGAUCAAAAUUUAACCCCCAAAAAAUCCCCUGCCUAAUUACUUAGCCUUAAAAAUUUCCAGAAAGCAUUAAGUGAUAUAACACGAGAAAUAGAAACAUUAGUUUUUAAUACCCAAAAAAUCCCUACUUAAAUCAAGCUUAACCCAAAAAAUACUUACCAAAAAUUUCAAAGCCAGAAAUAUCCUUACAUCAUAUCCCUGUCACAUGAAAUCCAGAGUAUCCCCCUUGGGAUGUUGUACCAAGUGCAUACCCAUAAUUGUAUAUUUUGCUUUAUUAAACUCAUAUUAAAGAUUGAUCCAUCGUCAAUGCAUACAGUGACCUUUUUAGAUUUUUUUCUCAUUCCACAUGACUUUAUAACGACAUUUACCUUAUAGGUCUAUUCUGGGCAGUACUUGAAUCCAUUGGCUAGACAGACAAUGGUACAGGACCAAUUAGCCCUAAGAAAUGGGCAAUGGCCCAUUAAAAAAAUUGUCAAGGAGCGAGUAAAUCCAAGAACAGUAAGUGUCUUUGUUUACAAAAAUACAGUUAACUGUCGGCAUGUCUUCCUUUGGUUUAGAGAGAGGGUGUGUAGAACGAUUUGGACUUGGGUAUCUGAUAUUUCCUUUAUUCAUGCAGUAUAGUAAGGAUUGUAUGAGAAGAAGAUAAGCAUUAAAUUUUCCCAUAUGAACUUAGGGCCUGUUUACAUGAAGGUGGGGGACCCAAGGUAGGUGAUGUAACAUGUGGCAGGUUAUCCCACCUAACAUGUGAUCACAUUAAAAUGAGAGAUUAUACGGACAGGCUGGUUACUUAACCUACCUGGGGUCCCCCACCUCCAUGUAAACAGGCCCUUGGUAAUUUGUGAAGAGAAAUGUAAAUUCCUACCUGUUUUACUGGUUCAUAAUGCAGACAAAUGAACCCAGAGUGAGACAUUGUAUGUGCAUUGACGCUGCCAUAAUACAGUAGGCAACAACUGUCUUUGCUCUUAGAGAUAUUAUCUGCCUUGAAAUUUUGGGUAAUUCACUCCCAAGGAUUCAAAAAGUCUAUUUCAGUCUGACGUGCCUCACUCAAACAACUUUUGUCAAACUGCGCACUGAGAUGAUUUAGAAAUUUAUUUGGUCAGUUACUAAGGAAGACGUAUUUGCAUUUUUGUUGACAUUGUCGGGUCAUACGUAUUUACAAAACAGAAUAUAUUACAUUCAAUGUCCUAAACAGUUUUCAGUAACCCUUAGUUUUUUGUUUUAAAAUCAUGUAGAUGUGCAUACACUGUACCUAUUGUUCUUCUCUUCUGUUCGGUUACAUUUUCUAAUGAUGUUUUUAUGUUGUAAUUUGUUAACUAGCAUCGCCAGGAGUUCCUUGUUGAUUGGAAGCCCAGUUGGGUCGAUGCACAUGAGGUGCAAACUACAACAAUUGAAGAAUGGCAGCAUAGAAAACGAAAAUCCAACUGA